AUGACUAGCACUAAAGAUACCCGUACUCGCGAGCAACGUGAGGCCGAUCGCAAGGCCCGUCAAAUCGGAAAACUACCGCGGCCCGAGGCUCUUCAUGAUUUUCAAUAUCCUUAUGAGAAGACGAUCCUUAGCGACUAUAUGUUUCAGUACCCUGUUUAUGAGAAUGAGCUGGACACCCCAUCACUCUUCAACCUAGCCCCACCACCAGAUUUUUUCCUGUAUUGGAAUUCCAAGGACUUUGAGCGCACUGCGUAUCCGCCAGUCCCGGAGCAGGAUCACCGUCUUCUUAUUCCGUCUGCUAAGAAUGAGGCGUGGACGGAGCACUCCGUGCGUGUGAGGAAAUACCUUCGCAAGCAUGAAAUUAGCCCCAAUUUCGUGCCGGUUAUUCGCGCCAACGUUAACCUUUCGGUUGUUUUCCCAGGCCGGUAUUUGGUGCGCGCCGUGUUAGAUGAGGAGACCGGGCAGCUACCGCCCCCCCCACCGCCGGAGUCCACACUCACUCGGCAGAAUUUCCCGUUUACGGCGCAUUGCGGGAAUUUUAUCGAACUGUGCGAGCUGCAGCAGCCACCGUCCAUUUUUUUUGUAGAGGAAAAUCGCGAGGGAGCGGUCGACCCGCCUAGCUUUUACACCCUCGUGAUCGUCUCCCCGGACUAUCCGUAUCGCGUACCGGGGUAUGUCAAUCGCCACCGCCCCGAGGAUGGUUUUUUCCUGCAUUAUAUGAUCGCGAAUUUACCCGGCGGCAAUGAGGGGGGUGCCAUUGCCCGAUGCCCUCGUCACGACCGCGUCUUAAACGCGGCGGAUCUUCGAAAAGAAGGAGAGGUUGUCAUCCCUUACGUACCACCGUUGCCCACGGAGGAUGCCGGUACGACACGCCAUCUUUGUCUUCUCUACAAACAGACGAGAAAGGUGCGGGUGCACCCUCUCAGCGCGGAGGAGGAGGCUUCGCACUUCCCCCUCGCCGUGCGCAGUCAAUUCCGCCUGCACGACCCUGACGCCCGCACACGGCGGGUGGGGGUUCCGGCCUGUUUAGCUUCCCUCCGCGUGGUGGAGGAUGCGAUACCGCCGGAGCCCUCGGCGGUGAGUUUCUUUCAAACCGCGUGGGAUAUUCAGGUUCAGGAGUUCUACGAGAAGCUCCACCUUCCGGAGCCGGCACUGCCCUUCGACGAGGAGAUCGAGGCGUUGUUGGAGUUUCACGCGCAGGAGGCCGGGCGAUUUCGCGUGCGCGCCCGACAUCGCCCAGAUGGAUCAACGAACAUGGGCAACGAUCCUAGUUUUUGGGGGCAGAUGGUGCCCACGCGCGUGCAGGAUGGAUCGAUGCAGAAGCAUUGGUCGCGGCGUACGGCGAUGGGCGCCAACGGCGUGCCGAUUGUCUACCCGCACUGA